UGGGUCUUCGAGACAUAUGGCAUUCGCCCAGUACUGCAGAAUGGAGAAACAUUUAAGCAAAAAUCAAGAACUAAAAUAUGAAUACGACAAAGUUCUCAGAGAAUAUAUUGCGUUAGAACACAUGGUCCCUGCAAAGCCGAAAGAAGAAAAAUCACCAAAGGUCCACAACUACUUCUUGCCCCACCAUGCCGUCAUCCGGCCAGAAAGUAAAUCUACCAAAGUACGCGUGGUGUUCAACGCCUCUAAAAAGACUACCUCUGGACUAUCAUUAAAUGACGUUUUGCAUGCUGGGCCAAUCUUACAACAAGACUUAAUGAAAGUUCUUCUCAACUGGCGAUAUUAUCGGUACGUAUUUAACGGUGACAUCCAAAAGAUGUACCGUCAGAUAUGGAUCCAUGAAGACGAUCAGCAAUACCAACAAAUUCUAUUUCGUACUUUCGAAGACAAAGCAGUGGAGGUCUUUCGCUUAAAAACAGUUACAUUUGGCGUGAAUGCGGCACCCUUUCUCGCCAUUCGUACUCUUUUGGAGCUAAGCAAAGAUUGUAAGAAUCUAUACCCCAAAGCCUCAAACAUAUUACAAAAUGAGAUCUAUGUAGACGAUGUCUUGUCAGGCGCUCAUUCCCUCGAGGAAGCCAAAGUUAAACAAGAACAACUCGUUAGAUCCCUUUCUUCUGCGGGAUUUUCAUUAAAAAAACUCACAGCAAACAAUAAGAUUCUGUUAGAAAGCUGGCCCCGCGAAGAUCUUCUUAGCGAAGAAUUCCUGAAUAUCGAAGAUCAAAGUUCUAUUAAAACUUUAGGCGUUCGGUGGAACGCGAUGGCCGAUUUCUUCUAUUAUACAGUUGAACCUAUCGAAAUUGAUCAGUUCACUUCGAAAAGGAAAAUACUAUCCACCAUAGCGAAGCUAUUCGAUCCACUUGGUUGGUUGGGCCCAACUAUAGUCAUCGCAAAAAUGCUAAUGCAAGACCUAUGGGAAGAAAGGCUAGAAUGGGACGAAAGUGUACCAGCGCCCAUCCUUCAACGCUGGUCAUCCUUUGUUGAAAAUUUACAACAUGUAUCAGACAUACAAAUUAAAAGAUGGAUUCAAUUCUCGCCUCAAGCGUCAAUUCAAAUUCAUGGGUUUAGUGACGCCUCAGAGAAGGCGUAUUGUGCAGCGGUAUACAUCCGAGUUGUUCAUCCAGAUGGCGACAUUUAUUCAAACCUAUUAGUCUCCAAAACAAAAGUGGCGCCCUUAAAAAGAACCACGAUCCCUAAAUUAGAACUAUGUGGAGCAGACUUGCUAACGAAAUUAAUCAAAAGUAUAUCAAAUGACGUACAGAUAGAACACAAAUUAUUUCUUUGGACGGACUCAUCCAUUGUCCUUGGAUGGCUACAAAAGUCCCCACAGACAUUAAAGACCUUCGUGGCCAAUAGGAUUAGUGACAUAUUAAGCGUGGUAGAUAUAAGUCAGUGGAAUUACGUAAAAACUGACGAAAAUCCAGCUGAUCUUGGUUCACGAGGGUGCGCUCCUCUAGAUUUGUCGACAUGCCAACUUUGGUGGCAUGGGCCUUCGUGGCUGUCUCAACCGCACCAGCACUGGCCAAAACCACGAACAUUUGAGCCUACAGAUCUCGAAGCGAAACGAGUCUGCAGUUAUCACACCUCAGAAAACGCAGAAGAAAUUAUUUCCAGGUUCUCAUCAUUCAAUCGAUGUCUUAGAGUUAUAUGCUAUAUCUUCAGAUUUUACCAGUCAUCGAAAAGGAAAGAAACAUUUUCAAGUACACUCUUACGGCACGACGAGAUUGAUUUCGUGAAACGUCGUCUAAUCCACUUAUCACAAAAAGUCGCGUUUCCAAGAGAACUUGAAGCUCUGUGCGAGAAAAAGCCAAUUAGCAAGAAAAGCAAAAUUCUCGCGAUUAAUCCAGUUAUCGACGAUACCGGUCUAUUGAGAGUAGGCGGCAGGCUAACGAAUUGUGGUCUUAGCUAUGAAGAAAUUCAUCCAAUCAUUCUACCUGAAAAAUCGAAAUUGGCUGAACUUAUGAUAAAAUUCACCCAUCGUAUCCUUUUGCACGCUGAGCAUCACACCAUGCUCCGAGCAAUUCGCCAAGGCUUUUAUAUCCCUCGAGUUAAAAAUAUUAUCCGCCAAUGUAUUCGUAAUUGUAAACCAUGUACUAUCGUCAAGCAUCGUUUCCAAAAUCAGAUAAUGGCAUCGCUUCCACCUGAGCGCGUCCAAUUCUCCUUGCCUUUUACGUUUACCGGUGUCGAUUUUGCGGGACCUUUCAAUAUUCGAGCAUCGAAAGUCCGAAAUUCAAAAACGUUGAAAGGAUAUGCAGCCGUAUUUGUGUGCUUCUCCACUAAGGCCGUCCACUUGGAGACUUGCUCGGAAUUAUCCUCCGAAGCAUUUAUCGCGACGUUUUCCCGCUUUACCGGAAGGCGAGGUCUUCCAAAGACAAUUUUUUCCGACAAUGGAAGGAACUUUGUCGGUGCAAGCUAUAAGCUUCUAAAAGAACACCAUGAAUUCUUAAAAUCUGCCGAACAAUCUCUGGUUGAAAAGUAUGCUACUCAUGGUUUUAACUGGUCCUUCAUUCCACCCUACGCACCGCACAUGGGCGGAUUAUGGGAAGCGGCCGUUAAAAGCAUGAAAACCCAUUUAAAAAAAGUUGCCGCUUCUCAUACACUAACAUUCGAGGAACUUACAACACUUUUGAUAAUGGUCGAAUCAAUAUUAAACUCCCGUCCCUUAUCGCCUAUAUCCGGAAAUCCUAAUGAGCUAAACCCAUUAACUCCGGGCCACUUUCUUCGCGGUGCACCAAUUAUCGUCGAGCCCUCUCAAAACAUUGCACAAGACAACAUUUCACUGUUAAAUCGUUGGGAACGGCUAAAGGCACUGCAACAAAUUUUCGCGCGACGAUGGAAGACGGAGUAUAUUACUGAAUUACAACGUCGCAUUAAAUGGAAAACCACAAAAAAUAAUAUUAAAAUCAAUGAUUUUGUUGUGAUUAAAGACGAGUUACUACCCCCUACCGACUGGAGGCUUGGAAGAGUCACAAAAGUUCACUAUGGCUCCGACAACAACGUCAGAGUAGCCGAAAUAUUGACACAAAGUGGAACCAUCACUCGACCAAUCGUUAAGCUAUGUGUUUUACCGACUCAAAACACUACGCCAACUGAAUGAUCACUUAUAAUAUACCAUUUAUUCACUUGUAUAUGCUCCUUUCUAUUCUUUACUUUCAGAUCGUCAAUGCCAGUCGCUACCAUUACCUAGUGCAGUGAAUACCCACGACACUGUUGAUUUGAAGGAGAGGCCUCACUUUGAGGCGGGAAUAUGUUGAAGCGAGUUCAACAAGUUUGUAGUAUAAACCUUCCUUGACUUACCACAGAAUGCCCGCUCACGAAGAGCACUAAUGGAUACGUUUCAAAAAUUACAUUUAAGCUAUCUCAUUCUCAAACAUUCACUCAUUUCUCAAUUACUCAAUACUAUUGCACUCCUCUAGUUAUUACAUUAUCGUUCUAAUUGGUUUUUUUUACAACAUCUCCCUGAGCAUUAAUUUGUUUCACAUAAGAACCGUUGUAAGAAACUUGGAGUCUACCCUGAAUUCAAAGGAAAGUGUGCAACCAGUCAAGUGUAUCGCUUUGAAAAGCUUCAGCUACAAGGUCAACUCCGUAGUAUUACGACAACUCCCGUGCCUCAUAGUGGAGUUAAGCGAUCCUCUGAUCUCAUUAGCAGAAUCCUGAUUCUGCUUCCAAAGCCCUUUGGGUCAACUUAC